AUGCCGGAUACCGGCACUGUCAAAUGGUUCAACUCGCAAAAGGGCUUCGGCUUCAUCACGCCCGACAGCGGCGGUGAGGAUCUCUUCGUCCACCAAUCGGCGAUCCACGCAGAGGGCUUCCGCUCGCUCGGCGAGGGCGAGAAGAUCGAGUAUGUGCCGGUGGAGGAGGACGGCAAGAUGAAGGCCACCAAUGUCACGGGCCCGCAUGGAAACUAUGUCAAGGGCGACAAC